AUGGCUGCAAAUUGCACACCCUCAUGGGGUCUGAGAGAACCCUGCAACAGACCUAGGUCAGAGACUCCAUGGUCUGUGGCAUCCCUGGGAACUCAACUUGGAAAUUACAACAUGGACCCUGAGAUUUCUCACGUGAACUUCAGGAUGUUCAGCUGCCCGGAGGAUUCGGACCCCAUCCAGGCUCUGAGGAAACUCACUGAGCUGUGCCAUCUGUGGCUGAGGCCCGACCUCCACACCAAAGAGCAGAUCCUGGACAUGCUAGUGAUGGAGCAGUUCAUGAUCUCCAUGCCCCAGGAGCUCCAGGUCUUAGUCAAGGUGAACGACGUGCAGAGCUGCAAAGACCUGGAGGACCUGCUACGAAAUCACAGAAGACCCAAGAAAUGGUCUGUAGUCAACUUGCUCGGCAAGGAAUAUCUCAUUCAGGACUCAGAUGUCAAGAUGGCUGAAGGCCCCGCCAGUGUCAGGGAUGAUCUGAGAGACGUGUCCAGCCAGCGGGCCUUCUCUGUGAAGCUGGUGCGUCCAUGGGAAGGCCAGGCCCGCCGAGAGCUGCAGACCCUGCCCAGGGUUCCUGCACCGUCCAGGAGGCAGGAGGAGGACUUCCUGCUUCCAGAGACUAAUGUCAUGAAAGGUGACCCAAAGGCUCUGAGCCCCAAGCCGACCUUGGAGAAGGACCUGGAGGAAGACAGGGAGGAACACCCAGGACUUACACCCCCAGAGCCUCAGCUUCCAAAUGGUCCUAAUCUGGUGAGAGCAAAGAAGGGGAAGGAACCCCCAAAAACAGCCUCUGUGGAAAAUGUGGAUGCCGACACACGUUCUGCCUGCGUUGUGGAGAGAGAAGCUUCGACUCACAGCCGGAACAGAGGAGAGGCUCUGAAUCUGAGAGGCCCCAAAAGAAGCAAACCAGAUGCCACCUCCAUUUCCCAAGCAGAGCCUCAAGGAGGAGCCACACCUGUGGGCCACAGAGAAUCCCCGGGACAAGCUGAGAUCAAUCCAGUUCAUUCCCUGGACCCUGCGGGCCUGGUCAUUCACCCCGAUGGCCAAGGAGUUAAGGAACUGCUGCCCUUUGCAUGUGAGGUGUGCAGUAAGAGGUUUAAAUAUCACAGCAAGCUAGCCACCCACAAGAGAUCACACACAGAAGAGAGACCCUUUCAAUGUAAUCUCUGUGGGAAGCGUUUCAGGCAGCACAUAGGCCUCCAAUUUCACCAGCGAACCCACACCGGCGAGAGGCCCUACGCGUGUGACAUCUGCUGGAAGCAGUUCACCCAGAAGUCCUACCUGAAGUGUCACAGGAGAAGCCACACAGGGGAGAAGCCCUUCGAAUGUAAAGACUGCAAGAAAGUUUUCACCUACAAGGCGAAUCUGAAGGAGCACCAGCGCACCCACACCGGAGAGAGACCUUACAUAUGUCCCAAGUGUUCAAGAGCCUUCGGUCGGCCUGCAACCUUAAGACGCCACCAGAAGACACAUCCGGAAACCACUUCACAGUGACUUCGUCUUCGGGUCGUCUUCUGCACCAAGAAAAUGUGAAUGAUGACUUCUCACCGAUGUUAUCAGAUGACAUCUGACACACGAAGGGCGCCUGGCACACACAGGGGUGCCCUAGACAGGAAUUCCCAGGAUGUUUGUUUAAAUUUUUUUCCUCCCCAGUGAAUUCUGGUUUUUGUUUUAUUAUGUCUAUUGUUAUAGGCUUAUUUUGGUUUGUGUUGCUGUUCUUUCAAUAAACAAACAUCUUAUUAGUUUUCAAU